ACUUUUUGGCAUCAUAGGAGUGAGCCACGCCGGAACGGUGGGAGGAAGAUGGCGGGGAAGAAGAAUGUCUUGUCUUCUCUGGCGGUUUACGCGGAAGAUUCAGAGCCCGAGUCCGACGGCGAGGCUGGUAUUGAAACGGCAGGCAGUGCGGCUGAGGAGAAAGGUGGAUUGGUAUCUGAUGCCUAUGGAGAGGAUGACUUUUCUAGACUUGGAGGUGAUGAAGAUGGUUAUGAAGAAGAAGAGGAUGAGAACAGCAGACAGUCGGAAGAUGACGAUUCAGAGACUGAAAAACCCGAGACUGAUGACCCAAAGGAUAACCCCGAAGUAGAAAAGCGAGAUCCCCAAGAAUUAGUUGCUUCGUUUUCCGAAAGAGUCCGGAACAUGUCACCUGAUGAAAUCAAGAUCCCACCUGAACCCCCUGGCAGAUGUUCAAAUCACUUACAAGACAAGAUCCAGAAGCUCUAUGAGCGGAAAAUAAAGGAGGGGAUGGAUAUGAAUUACAUUAUCCAAAGGAAGAAAGAGUUUCGGAACCCUAGCAUCUACGAGAAGUUGAUCCAGUUCUGUGCAAUCGAUGAGCUUGGCACCAACUACCCAAAGGAUAUGUUUGACCCCCAUGGAUGGUCUGAGGACUCCUAUUACGAGGCAUUAGCCAAAGCCCAGAAGAUCGAAAUGGACAAAUUGGAAAAGGCCAAAAAAGAACGAACCAAAAUUGAGUUUGUGACGGGCACCAAGAAAGGCACUGCGACCAGCGCCACAGCCACCACCACCACCACCACGGCCAGCACGGCUGCUGCAGAUGCCCAGAAGAGAAAGAGCAAGUGGGACUCAGCCAUCCCAGUGACAACAAUAGCCCAGCCCACCAUCCUCACCACCACAGCCACCCUACCAGCCGUUGUCACAGUGACCACCAGUGCGAGUGGCUCCAAGACCACCGUGAUUUCUGCUGUGGGCACCAUAGUGAAGAAGGCCAAACAGUGACCCGACUGGCCAACUAAGGGUGGCUUGGACAUUCUCCUCCUUGAGGAGGAGCCACUCUGGGACUGACAGGCCUGAGACCUGCUCUCCAGACGCCACCCCAGAAAGGACUUGUGUGUGGCACUGCAGCCAGAAGCAGGACAUGACUUCUGAGGGAUGGGGCACAUUGUCCAUGAACCGAUUGGUGUCCGUCGCCCUAUUAAAAUCACCAUAUUCUUAGCACCUUGGCAUCUCCAGUGCACUUGCCUCUAUGGUCUUAUCAGGCCAAUAUGGAGCUCCCUGUUUCCAUCUUUCCUUUUGAGAUCAUUGCAACUCAGGGUUGGCAAUGGGGUGGCUGAAGCCUAUGACGGGCCCAGAGAAGAUGUCUCAUGGAGUCCCAUAUGUGCCUGCUCCCGAGGGGCAGUUGAGCCCACACCAGACCACUUCUCGGACACACCAGCCUUUUGAAGUCAAGUCGGUUAUCGCACAGGCUGGGCUACAGCAGCUUCAGCAUCCAGCCGGGGCUGCCUGGUCCCUGUGCCCAACAAGAGCUUCGUGCAGCAGAUGAAUCACCUCCUGCCCUGGGGGGGAGGCAGCUCACUGUUUACGUGAAAGCCUGGCUCCUGGGAGGGUCCUGCCACCCCACCCUUCCUGUGCCUGUUAUCUCUGCCCCACAGCAGCCCCUGGGCAGUGCCUGAGCUCCUCGUGUGGCCAAAACAGAUUUUCCAGCCACCUCAAGGGGGGACCUUUGCCUUCCUCGUUCUUUGGCAGCUGGCCACUACAGCGGAAGAGCCUGGUGUCGGAGAAGGAAGCCAAGCUGUGAAGUCUCAUUGCUUCUCUGGGGGCAUGAAGGUUUAGAGAUUUGGGUCUAAAUUACACCUGAUGUUGUUGCAUGACCAAAGGAUUGUGGUCCCUAGAAGAAAAACGGAAUCAUACUUACACAUGUAUGUGCACACACCCACACACACACUCUGUUGCUAGAUUCUUCCUCCUUUGCCAGGACUCUGCAACUUCCACCAGGCUCCCCUGUCCUGAGUAAAAGCACAGUGGGACCCUGGAUGCUGGAGAAAAGCAAGUUGUAUUUUAUUUUGUGUGUGUCCUAAACCCUUCCUUACUUUAUUAAGUCAAAUUACAGAAAUAAACCUUGAGGUGAUUAUGAGAAA